GUGACCGGAGGAGGCGGGCUUUUGGGACCGGCGCCUUCUCCUUGCUUUUUUUUGGGGUCGUGGCCUUGCUCCUGCCCCGCAAGAGAAGCGUCCAGGGCUUUCACGCGCAAGUGUGCGCGUGGGUCCUGACGUGCUCGUAGGUCCACGCUCCAGACUCUGCGGGGACAGAAGCAGGAGCCAUGGGCGGGACCGCUAGCACCCGCCGGGUCACCUUCGAGGCGGACGAGAACGAGAACAUCACCGUGGUGAAGGGCAUCCGGCUUUCAGAAAAUGUGAUCGACCGGAUGAAGGAGUCCUCUCCAUCUGGCUCUAAGUCUCAGCGAUAUUCCAGCGUUUAUGGUGCUUCAGUUUCUGAUGAAGAUUUGAAAAGAAGAGUAGCUGAGGAGCUGGCAUUGGAGCAAGCCAAAAAGGAGUCAGAACACCAGAGACGCCUUAAGCAAGCAAGGGACCUAGAAAGAGAAAGGGCUGCAGCCAAUGAGCAGCUGACCAGAGCUGUCCUUCGGGAAAGAAUAUCCAGUGAAGAGGAGCGCAUGAAGGCGAAGCAUCUGGAUAUUGAAGACAAAGCUCGGCAGCUGGAAGAGAAAGACCGAGUGAUGCGGAAGCAGGAUGAAUUCUACAAAGAGCAGCUGGCCAGACUGGAGGAGAGGAGCUCAGAGUUCUACAAAGUCACCACCGAGGAGUAUCAGAAAGCUGCUGAAGAGGUGGAAGCCAAGUUCAAGCGGUAUGAAUACCAUCCAGUCUGUGCAGAUCUGCAGACCAAAAUCCUCCAGUGUUACCGUCAGAACACCCAACAGACUCUCAGCUGCUCUGCUCUGGCUAGCCAAUACAUGCACUGUGUCAACCAUGCCAAACAGAGCAUGCUGGAGAAGGGAGGCUAAAGUUACCCUGAGAACAUGCAAGCUCUUCAACGUUAAUUCCAGAGGUGGAACAUUUUUCUUUUCCUAGUAUGAAAAUGACCCAUAUAAAGAGAAGACCACUAAAGACAGACAGGCACUGGAAAAUGGACUCAACUGAAUCAUAACGUGUUUUGAUCAACAGUUUAAAAAGCCAUGUUCUAGAUCAGCGAUCAGUCAUCAAAGAACACUGUUAAGUGUUAAUGAAACCACAAAAUGAAUAAAAGAGGAAGGUAGUCCACCCCACCUUUUUGUACUCUCUUUCCAGCUUCCACUGAUAUAAAAUGUUCUCAUCACUCCAGGCUCCAUCCAGCAUGUAGUGACUUCCACUCUGACGAAGCUGGGUGGAGGGACAUCAAACUAUUUCAGAUGGAGAGACAGCAAGAAAGCACUGGGCUGGGGCAACAGUGUAGACUUGCAAGACUGUUGAGCCUGGGUGUGCUCUUCUCAUUAUAUAGAAGCUAAUUCAUUGUAACUUAUGAUGAUCUUUCAAGGAAGACAGAAAGGAGAGAAAAUGUACCUCUUUUGCUGGAAUAAUGUUUAUGAUUGCAGGUAAAAUAAGGCAUUUUUGUCAAUAUAAAGGCAACCUUGGCUUGUUCAACCAAGUAUCGAAUACUGACAACUUCACUCACUAUCAAUAAUAAAUCUAUUUUCUGACUAAGACUGGCA